AUGGAAGUAGAGGUUCUCCGUCACAAUGGCAUUCCUCCGUCCAGCAUCCUCUCUAUCCGUGUAGGAAGUACACGGCGCCAAGUUCACGUUUCCCAGUUGGACAGGCCACUGAAAUUCCCAACCAAGCUCGAGGAGUGCUCCUCCGUGAAGGUGGAAAUUCUCGACGUCGCGGGUACGGCGCGCGUGUCGUGCAGUUCAUCCACGUCGGAGUACAGCAUCCCUUUAGAGUCGCCGCUGGAAGGGGAAGGCAGUACCGGAAUGGAGGUUGGUCUCCGGCUCAGCAGCGCAGGUGCUGACGUCUCGCAGAGCGCUGCCGAGGAGCAGGAAAAAAAGAAGGAGGAUGAGGCGAAGUCAUAUUUGGAGAAGCACGGCCUCACUUCGUUCAUGCAGUUCCUCAUCCAAAGCCUGAUGAAGGACAAGCCUGAAGACCCGUACAAGUUCCUUCAGAGGCAAGUCACGAAAAAGAUGAUGAUCGCCGAACUGUCCAGCGGAGGUUCCGCGGACCAGAAGCUGGAAGACAUGCUGGCAAAGUUGAGCUCCGAGGUGACAGAUUGUGUCCCUGCGGAGCAGCUGCAAGACCUGCAGAAGCAGGCGGAGGAAGUAGGCGAACAGCUGCGGAAAGACAACAAGGAGCUGAGGGAAACGCUCGACCUGCUGAAAAGCAGGUACCGCUCCCUUUUAGCCGAGAAUACGGAGCUAGCGCAGCAGGUUGGAGAGAGUGGGGAAGGACUUGAUUUGGCUUCCAUGCAGGAUGAUGUUGGAAAGAUGGUAAGCGAGAAUGCCCUGCUGGUGUCCGAGCUGACAAGCAUGCAGGCCAAGAUAAUGUCCAUUCAGGGCGAGAUUGAAACCCUUCAAGGCCCAGAUUCUUGA